AGCGGGCCGUGCGCCAGGGCCAAGCCGAGCGGGAGGCACCUGUUUGCGGCUGAGCUGUGUGGCAUGUGGCGCUGAUCCGGAGCGACUCUGUGGCUCGGGAGGAGGAUGGGAGGAUCCCGGUGCUUCGGCCUCGCGCUGGUCGGAGCUCUGCACCUCGUGUCAUUGGUCCACUCGGUGAUGGGGGCGGGGCACUGUGAUUCGGUGUUUCGGGGUUUCUCAGACUGUCUGCUGAAGCUUGGAGACAACAUGGCCAACUACCCCCAAGAUCUGGACGACCGGCAGAACCUUCAUCGCAUCUGCUCGUACUGGGAUAACUUCCACUCGUGUGCGGCGACCGCUCUCACCGACUGCCAGGAGGGGGCGACGGAGAUGUGGGAGAAGCUGAAGAAGGAAUCGAGGAAUCUGGACUUCCGCGGGAGUCUGUUUGAACUGUGUGCAGGGGGCAACGGGGCGGGGCGUCACCACGGCAACACGGUGCUGCUCGCCACCGGCGCCGCCCUGCUCGCGGUGCUCCUGGUCUGAGCCAUGAAACGAGAAGACAACAAGAGAAAUGUGGAUUCUGUUUCAUCAAAUGUCACCAAAACCUCCUGAGGCUCUGCUGGUAAAACCUCAACAUUGGACAGAAGAAUGAACUUAAAUGUCCCAUAUUACACUAUUUUCUGAUCUGAUUUUCUGUGUUCUAAUGUUGUUUCCUCAUCACAAACAGACCUGGAGUUGUGUUUUGUUUCAUUCACACAUGUUUAACUCACAAACCCGGCACAUUUAGGCUCCACUGUGUUUUUAAACUCCACACACCUUCACUAUAAUCAUUUGGAUGAAUUCAGCCAAUCUCUACUGAAACUUGAAAACUACCACUUCGUGACAUCACAAGGUGGAACAGAGCAUUUUGAGCUUUGGAGAUGUAAACAGACUAAUAAUAAAGUGUUGCUCAAACAUGUGUGAAUGAAACAAAACACAACUCCAGGUGUGUUUUUGAGGAGGUAUCAACAUUAUAACAUGACUUAAAGCUCACGAGAGUCCAGUGUGUCUAAUAUAGGACCUUAAACUAAACUACUCCAAACAAUCUGAAUUACAAAACAAAAUUCAACAUUAAAAUUCCUUCAUUUGUGAAUUAUUUUGGCCAGAUUUCAUAUCCUCUCCCCCUCACCACGGCUGUGCUACUUGCUUUAGUCUUGGUUUAAACAAAAAACACUGGUUUAAACCUGGUUAGCCUCCAAACUCAUUGUGUUCUACAGAGAGAGUCGUCAUCUGAGAGACUCAAAUCUGAACUUUACACUAAUCCAAGAAUCUCAUGCAUUUCAGAACAUGUUUGUAGAGGCCUAAACUACAGGGUGAGCAGCUUUUACACAGAAUAACACCCCAUGGAGGCACAGGGAGGGCAUCUGACACACAGGGAGGGCAUCUGACUCUCUCGGUAGAAUCCAGUGCUAAAGUAAACAUGGAGGACCAGAUUUGUCACUGCAAAUGGUUGGUCCCUGGAUAAUUUUGGUCCAAAGCAGAGCCGGAGUCGCCUGCGUUCUGAACAGGAGGACUUGAGCGAGGCCAGACGUCGUGUGAACAGUGUACAGAGCCUUCUCCUGUUCUGUUCUGUUGUGAUUUCUGUAGAUUUUGUUUUGUAGAUUUGGUUUUUCAAGGCUUCGGUCACACCAGUUUUAGAUCUGCGUUUACGUUUUGGGUCUAAAAGAAUCGGGCUGCAACAGGGAAACAUUUAAAAAUAAUCUGAAGCAAUGAAGUUUUGGUUUAUUUACCGUUUCAAAUCUGUGCAAUAAUCCUGUCAUCAGUUUAUUUGAGAUUAGCAUCAGAAUCAAUGAAAGCACUUAUUAUACAACUCUAACUCAUGCACAUGAAUGUACACAACCUCCAUUUUAAACAACCAGGACCGAACCAGGACUGAACCAGGAUUAGACCAAGACUGAACCAGGACCAAACCAAGACCGAACCAGGACCGAACCAGGACUGAACCAAGACCGAACCAGGACCGAACCAGGACUGAACCAGGACCGAACCAGGACCGAACCAGGGCCAAACCAGGACAGAACCAGGACCGAACCAGGACCGAAGCAGGAUUAAAUCAGGACUAAUCCAGGACUAAACCAAGUCUCAGUGAAUCUGGCCAUAAAUGGCCCCUCUUAAAUUCUUUGACAAGUAUUUUAAAUAAUUCUGUUAAUUGUAUAAAUGUUUAAGAGUCUUGUUUUUAUUGCCAAGGAUAAAGUAUUCAUAAAAUGCAAUAACUGAUAUAAGACGAGUUUCCCUCUGAAGCAUGCACGUACUGCCCUUCUGUCAUCACACAUAUUUCAAUCAUCAAAACUGCCCAAAUUUUGCAUAAUAUAAAAUUUGGGCAAAAAUGUUUCUGUUAGAAUCGUCCCCAAAUCUGCUCUUUUUCACAUGUUACCUUUUACUCAUAUAAAUGUACAAAUAUUUGACCAUUUUUAAAUCAGUACCAUAAUAACUCUAACUUUUUUUAAAUUUUUAUUUUAAUUAAUUUGAGUUUUUGCUUUUGCCAGUCGUGAACACUUCAUUUAAAAUAUAAAACCUUACAUGUUUAAGCCAUAACCCGAUCCGCGACUCGACUGUUGGGAGCCGUAUUCUGUUGCAAUAUCUGACCCUGUGGCAGCCCCAGAAAACAGGAUGACCUUUGACCUCUGACCUCCGACCCGUGCAUGUCCGUGCUCGCCGCCGCCGCCGUUUUAGCUACAGCGUUUUAGCGUUUUGCGUCUUACCGUUGUUUUUGCGGUUUGGUAGCGUUCGAUUGGUGUGGCCGGGCCUUUGCUCUGGGAUGGAUUCUGAGGCACAAUAUGUGGGGGCGGAGCUAGGUGGAGCAGGGGUGGAGCUAAGGGGAAGAGAGCUGGAGUCUUUCAAAGUGUGUGAAAGAUGCUCUGCAUGAAGUCCGCUCACAGCCUAAAGAGUCUGCAGAGGGAGAAAAACAGUGCUAAACCAGACGCUAAUGCUACAGAAAUCAGGAUUAAACAUCACAAAUCCAUAGAGAUGCAUUAGCCAAAAUUGUUUAAAAAGUAAACAAAAGAGUCGUGGAACAGCUCGAUAAACUGUUGGGUCCCUGCAGGUAGAAGCAUCACAGAGUCAGAAAACACAGUGUUUAGUUUGAUUAAAUCUCUGUUACUUUACAUGAGAUUAAAACAAUGAUGAUACUGAUACUUUGCAGUGACGUCAUGCUGAGGGUGUUCUACAUGUAUCUCUGUUGUGGAAAGUUCAGCAGUUACUAUGGGAACACAAUGCAAACAAUAGCAAAAAAUGUUAAACUCUGAAAACUAAAAAGAAUAUCAAAUGGAUUUAAACACAGGAGUCUGUGAUCAGUCUGAGUGUUCAUGGUCCUGUUUAGGAGUUUGAUUUUACACAAAAAUGUGAGAGUGACUAACUGAAAACUGUUGGCUAAUGCUAGCUAGCUUGUGCCUGUAAUUUUAUGUGUAAGAGACUUGUUUAAACACACAAAUCAGCUCACCUGUUGUAGUUCCAACUAAGUCAGUUCUUUCUGGUCAGAUUGUGUUCAAAUAAAAUUCAGAUUAAGUGAGCACAUCACAUUUGCUGACGUGCUUUAGCCCGCUACAUCGGCUACAACAUCUGCACAUAAAGUUUUUGCUGUUUUAUCAUGAUGUAAGAAGGUAGAAAGUAAAUCAGAUGUCCAGGUCAGAUUUAGUGCAGAUCUAUACUUCAAUCAGAUUUGUUUUAAGAUAAAUCAUUGUCUAUGAUUUUGUCAAAAAGAAGAAAACUCAGCACCAUUCACUGCUGCUAAUAUGGCGUCCCUGUCAGACGUAGUCACAUGGUGCAGUAGCUCUAUAAACAAAACUUAACAAAACCCAUAGAAGCACCCAAGAAAAUAGGAUAAAGUAUGGCUAAUACUGCAGUAGCUUUGGAACUCUAUGUUAAACAAAUGGAUCAAAACAUUAGACGUUAGCUAGCGCCGCAGAUUGGGGAGGGCCGGACAGCGCUGACCACAGGCACUUAGUGAAUGUUCUCUGAGCUACUUAAGCACUUAACACAGAACGUUUAACAUGAUUUAGUCCAAAACAGCUCUCAUGUUUACACAGUUUUAUGAGGGGCAUAUGGACCAUGCACACAUUUAUUUUACAUGUUACAGAAUGAAUCAGCUUUUUAAGAGCUGCAACAGGUGAUAAAUGUAAUCCUACAGUGUGGGUCAGGGCGAAAUAAAAAAGCCUAGUUUCUUUGAUCCUCAACUCAUUGUUUUUUGGUUUUAGGUUUGCGUGUUCAGUUGUGAGCGUUGGACUGAAGGAACAUUAGCACAGCCGCUAACGUUAGCUCCUGUUAGCUCCCAUUAGCUCCUUGUGAUUCCCUGGUUUGAGUCAAAAAUGGCGAUGCUGAUGAAUGCACUUGAGCCUCUUUUAGCACGUGUUUCAGCCAUCCCAGAUCGAUGUGUAGAACUGAGACAGGGCCCACACAGAUCAGUCUGAGAGAGACAGCUUAAUUUUACGUCUUUAUCUAAAAUAAACCUUAUCAAACAUCUGUUACGAUCUCUGCUUCACUUAAAUGUACUCAGGCCACAGCUGACACAGAACACACAACUGUUUCUGGAGUCAAAGAGUGACACUGGAGUCAGGCUAACUACUAGCAUGACUGACGCAGAUCCGGUAAUGACUCAAAUUGGGGAAUGACACUCCUGUUAGCCUCAGUUAGCCUGUUGGCUCCUGUUAGCCUUAAUUAGCCACAGUUAGCCUCUGUUGGCUCCUGUUAGCCUCUGUUGGCUCCUGUUAGCUCUGUUAGCUCUUCCUCCCUGCCGCCGCAUCAGAAUCCUCCCUUAGCCGCGAAAAAAAAAACAAAAAAACAACAACGUUAGAUUUACAAGAAACAGCAAUACAAGACUUCACGGCCAGUGUAGCUUCAGAGACAAGAGAAUAUAAAAGUCAAAAUAUAAAUGAGUCUGGAGUGCGACUGCUUUAGCCCCGUUCAGUUCCGUCUCGAUUAAAACCUUUGUAGAGAGUAACUUUAGGUCUGUGUUUGAUUAACGUAGCAUCAGAGAAAUAUGA